GGAUGUCGAAAGAGAGCAUAUUCGGUCUGUAAGGGUGAGCAGACUAACCCUGAACAGGCAGAUUGAGUGAAAUAUCUCCAGGACAUGUCUAUGCUCUAAGGCCAACUGGGAACACGCUAGGUUUUUACCAGGAGCAGUCAAAACUACUGGUACCUACCGUGUCUUUAUUUACGGCGAGAAGUUACGGCUCCUCCGAUCGAUAUCGCCUGGCUACAGGGAUUCUGGGGUUGGCCUGUGCUGCCCUCCUGAUGGCUGUGAUAAGCAUGGCUGUGCUGAAGAAUGGCACGAAUGAGAACCAGUCAUCUUUCAACAUCACCGGAAUGAGAAGAGAGCUGGAGCUGCUGAGAGAUAAUAACGCCACACUAACGGCCGCUAUGGUGUCCCUCCAGGAUCAAUUAGACAAAGCCGAGAUGGACAAUCACCAAUCAUGGCUAAGACGACAAGAUGACUCCUGUGAUAGUCUACCGUCACGUAUCGAAACCCUGGAAGAUAAGACGAAGGAACAGAAGCUCCGCAUUGAUCAAAUUGAGCGCAGCUGUGGACGCUGCCCCCCAGGGUGGGAUCUGCUGAAUGACACCUGUUACUACUUUCCCAUCUCGAGUGAGAUUCAGCGCAGGGGCUGGGACGAGGCCAGGGCGGACUGCACCAAACGCGACGCCGACUUGGCCAUAGUGGACACUUUGGAGACACAGACAUUUAUUGUAGGGGUUCUGCGGGGCCUCCACGAUGAAGGCUUUAGCUACAGAUCUGGAUACUGGAUUGGACUGAGAGAUAAAGACACAGAAGGAACAUGGAAAUGGACAACUGGGUCUUUGCUUUCCAGAGGCUACUGGAUGGACGGAGAGCCCAAUGAUGACUAUGGCUAUGAGGACUGUGUGGCCACCUAUCCCGCAGUGAACCCCCUGAAGAGCUGGAAUGACGUCCCCUGCAGGCACCCGCUAAAGUGGAUCUGUGCCAAAGGGCCUCAGCCAGUAACAGCUAGUCUGGAUAGCUAGUGUGGCUUUAGCAAUGAGCAAAACUAAGCUUGAUGGCAUUUUGGUAGCUAUGUUAGGGGGAAGCAUUGCAUUUUACGCCAUAAUAAAAUUAUUUGUUUUCCACAAAA